AGCUGAUAAUGCUAUUAUGAAGUUCAGUGAUCAAACUUCAAAGGUAUAAAAUUAGUUUCUACUGUGCGUUUAAGGCGUAAAAGUAUUUAUUAAAAGCAGUUAUUUUUACGGUUAAAAUGGUGGCUGGCAUGGUUGCUGGAAGAUUGGCCGUAGUUACAGGUGCUGGCUCUGGUAUUGGACGGGCAGCCUGUCAAGUGUUGUCCCGCGAAGGAGCUACCGUUAUAGCUGCCGACAAGAGCUAUGACUCUGCAGUGGAUACUAUCAAAACACACACCGCAUUGGCCUGUGGUGCUAGUGACAUAGGUGACCACACAGCUGUAGAAUUGGAUGUGGCUGACCAGGCAUCAGUAAAGAACCUGGUACAAACCACUCUCAAACAUUACAAGACUCGUUCCACUAUAGUGGUGAACUCUGCUGGGAUUACCAGGGACAACUGGAUGCUGAAGCUUUCUGACGAGGACUUUGAUAAUGUUAUGGACGUAAAUUUAAAGGGCACCUUCCUGAUAAUGAGGGCAUUUGCAAAAAUAAUGUCGGAAACUCAGACACCAGGGUCCAUCAUCAACAUAUCCAGCAUUGUAGGCAAAUAUGGAAACUUAGGACAAACAAAUUAUUCAGCCAGCAAAGCCGGCGUUGUUGGUAUGACGCAGUCAGCCGCCCAGGAGUUGGGGAAAUUCGGAAUCAGAGUAAACGCAGUGUUGCCCGGGUUCAUCGACACGCCGAUCAUCAAGACCGUUCCUGACAAAGUGAGAGAAGCCAUCCUUAAGCAAGUGCCCCUGGGAAGAUUGGGAGAAGCUACAGAGGUGGCCGAGUUGAUAGCUUUCUUGGCAUCAGACAAGAGUUCCUUCAUCACCGGAGCUGCCAUCGACAUUACUGGAGGCUACUAGACACUACACUCAUCGUAGCCUUAUAGUAAUUCAAUCAAUCAAUCAAUAAUACUUUAUUGCACAACGACAUAUACAUAAACAUACGAAUAAAAACAUAAACACAAUAGGCGGCCUUAUUGCUAAACAGCAAUUUCUGCCAGGCAACCUUAGGGUGAAAGAAGUUUAUUGCAUUGGACGGGUUAGUAUUCAAUAUUCUUUAUUUGAAUAGUGAAUCACAUUCAUGAUUUUUUUUAUCGACAAGACACCCUACCUUCACUCCAGGAUAAAAAUUAAGGUGAACAUUUUUACUUGGAUUGUAAUUGCUUGAAUGAAUCCGAGGUUUUGUUGUAGAGAAUGAGAUGGCACAAACCGCGCUUACGUGGUUUUCACUAGGGAAUAGAAGAUAGAGUUUGGAAGGGCCAUGUGAGCGCGAAACGCGCUUCAAAAAACAAGUAUGAGCAAAUAGUUCGUACUUCAAUUUUGCACUCCACUCGUCCGCAAAUUUUACGACACACGUAGUUCCGCGAUAGUAUAUUAAAAUGUCGUCUUGUGCAUUAUAACCUCAUCAUCAUCAAUUUAAGAGCCACGCUCUUGUCGGUGAGCAUUUUCCAUGCUACUUUUUUAGGGAAAAAUAGGGCAGUGGUUUCCCUCUUGACUUCCGCCCCGCAGUACUCUGUCUGACGCAAGUGGGAUGGCGCCCAGAGUAGUCUAUUACAAAGCCAUACUAGGACUCCUGUCCUCCGCCUCUGAAUGGUACUGACAGUUACUGCUGCCCUCUGUCAGGUUCCAGUCAUUAUAACCUGCAGCACAUAAAAUGAAAUAUCGACUCAUGCACGGAGAUCCUACCUUAUCACAGGAAAGCUAAAAACCUUAGUAUAGUCGGCUAUUUAUCAAAAAAAUAUUUUUGUAUGCAGUAUCUUACGAAAAGUAAUGAUAAAAUUGCAGCCUAUCACAUGAAAUAUACAUUGCCGGUAAAGUGGCUAUGGAAUUUGAGUAGCAGUAGAGCUGUCGUAGUUAUCUGUUUGCAGAAGUAGCAUUAAAAGAGAGCGGGGUUGAACCGGCGACGGCCACGAGUACUAAUAUGUAUACACUUUGAAACCAUGUCACAUUAACUUUUUUGACAAAUUAAACUGUAAUUCUCAUUAAAUGUCAAAUAUGAUAGUGCGACAGGGUUCUAAAGUGGGUACAUGAUAUUGCUCAUGACCGUACAAAAUGCGCGUUAGGGCCUUUUUCAUCAUCUUUCUUCUAUUCCGUGACUUUCACUAUUAAGGCGAUAUAUCUUUUGCGUUAUAGCACGGUGUGAUGGACAGCUAUCAUACCAUCUCUUUCGCACUAAGCUAUUCUCUAAUUUCUGUCCUGCUGUCAUACGCACCACGCUAGAGCGCAAAUAGUAACAAUACAAUCACUAUGUUGAUAAUACUUCUCAUACAAGGCCAAUUCGCAAAAAAAAGUACGCCAAAAAUCUCUAACAUUUCUUAUCAUAUAAGUGAUUUUUUGCAUAAUAUUCCGAUUUAGUCAUUAUAUUUAAGCUCAAGUGUGUCUUUUCCAACCUGUGAUAUUUACAGUCUAGGUAUUUACGAAUUGUUAUGAUUUUGCAAGUUUAGAAGAGUUUUAUAGAGUGUACUUAAGGUAAUUUUGAUAAAUACUUAUGUAUGUAUGAGAACAAGUUUUCCAUGUUUUUAUUGUUAUCAAUAAAUUGUAUAUUUUGAAA